UAGAACAACACUGUCGCUGACGUGUCUGUAAAAAAUAUCGAAGCUAAAACAGGCGGUGCAGGCUAUUUAAGCGUUUUUUAUUUAUUUAUCCUAUAGCAUAUAAGCUGCGUUUUACAACGCCACAAAAUAUAGGAGAAUGUUGAAAUUAGGCUUAACGCUUUUAUGCGUACUCUGCGCUGCAGCAACCACUUGGAGUGCGCGAACUGUUGACAGUCACCUGGGACCAAAGGAUCUCACCCGCCUUCAAAAAGUCUUUGUCGAUGGAUUAAGCUCCAACGAUCUGCAAGCGAUCUUCUUUUCCAGCCAAAACAUCGAAACAACUGAUGCUGCAACCAAGGAAGCGAUAUGCAAGAAGAUCGUGACUCUGCACGAGGAAUCCAAGUUAAAUAACUUUGAAAAAGAUUAUUAUCUGGUUGGAGCCAACAGAAAUCUGCGUUGCACCUCAAAACUGUCAGAGACCUUGUUGUCAAAGAUCUACAACUCGCUGGAGUCUCAGCUGACCACCACACAGGAAAUUUACUAUCGCAUUGUGACGCACAAGAUCCUUGGUGUUCAGGUCAGUGAGGCAACUCAGACGAAGGUGGCGAAGCGCCUGCAGGAACUGCUGAAGACAGAUGACUCGCUCAGCGGCCUCGGUUAUGGAUUCAAUGUGGCUAUCGAACUGGGAGCAAGCGGCAGCUUUGUUGCUAACCGCGUUGAAGAUGCCAUUGUUCAAGCGGAUGAGGUCGAUGGAAAACUCCUGCAAUUCGAGGGUGGACUGAGCAUCACAGCUUUGAUACUCAACGGUGUCUUUGGCGUAACCAAGGCCUACAACAAGCCAGCACCUGUCACACCCGAACAGGCAGUUAAGUUCUCCAACUAUUUGUUGAGCCGUCGAUCUGUGCAAACCGCUAAGGGAGCACAUGUGCUCAUCGAGGCUCUGAAGACCAUCAGUGGUUCGCCCAAGGUUGCUCCCAUCUGUGUUCAACUCAUUGGUAGUGGACAACUGGAGGCACAAUCCCCAACAUUAAACGUGGCCAUUGUCGAUCUGCUUGGAAAGCCACUGUCACCUGCUGUGCAGAGUGUUACUGCCAAGAUUCUUGUUAAGAAGGACAACUCAGUGCUGGCAGAGAAGGUUCAACUAGUUUCCAAGUCGUCCGACAAAACCACUUACGUUGCUGACCUGAGCAGUCUGAAGCCUGUACGUGGCAUCUAUCAGGCGGAGUUGAAUGCCGAUAGUGUGUACACGCAGAAACUGCAACUGAAAGUGCUGGGACGCGUCAAGGUUCAGACCUUGGAAUUGGGCAUUGCCGAAUCAGACGCCAGCGCAGCCACACGCAAGCAAAGCGUCAGCUUCCCCAGCAAGCUGAAGGACACACUGUCCGCGGACAGCACUCAGAAACUGCUUCUGAAAGCGGUGCUAAUCGAUGAGAGUUCCAGCAAGCCCAUCACAGUCCACCAGGCAUUUGUCCGUCUGUAUAACAAGGAAGCCGACAAGGAGAUCAUUUUCGUGGCAGAGCAGGACAGCAGCAAGGCCUACAAGUUUGACAUGGAUGUGGGCAAUCAGGGCAAGAACUUUAACUACCAAAGCGGCGUCUACAACAUUUAUCUAACUGUUGGCGAUGCCUCCUUGUCCAACUCCUUCGAGUGGCUGUUGGCCGAUGUUCAGCUCAAGUUCAACCAACCUGACAGAGAUUCCAAGCCGAGCACUGUGAGGGGUCCUCUGCCAGAGAUCGUGCAUCAAUUCCGUGUACCUGACAAGCGCCCGCCCCGCAUUGUUUCUGAUAUUUUCACUGGUCUGUGCAUAACGCCUCUGGUGCUACUCUUCGUAUUCUGGGGCAAAUUGGGCAUUAACGUCUCCAACUUAUCAUUGUCGCCGAGCACAAUUGGAUUCCAUGUGGGUUUCGGUGGCAUUCUGGCGCUGUUCUUCGUUUUCUGGCUGCAACUAAACAUGUUCCAAACACUGCGUCUGCUGAUACCCAUCGCAGUAUUCACAUUCCUUUGUGGCAACCGCGUUCUGCGAAAACUCUAUGCACAGCGCAAUGCCAAGAAUGCAGCGGGUGCAUCAUCAUAAGCAACCCAUCCGAUGGCUUUAUGGCUGUGCUCCGUUCUGCAUUCGAUUCGAUGAACAAUUAGCUGCUAUCGAUUAUAAGUGCACGAGUUACAGUUACUCUCUAUCUAAAAAAAAACUAUAAUUAAAAACCAUCUUUAAUAAAGCGUUUAGUGUAAGCUCUAUUAAAACACAUAAAA